CCUUCCUACCCCUCUCGGCCCCUUAAUCUCUCUCUCUCUCUCUCUCUCUCCUAGUUUUCCAUUGCAGCACUUUGAGGGGACUCGUCUUUCUUAACAACUCUCUCUCUUAUCCUUCUCGCUCUGGCCUCACCACAAGCAACCAACCUGUCUCUUGUUGGAGCCCCAGAAGCACACACCAAAAAUUCAACCCCAACCCCAACCCCAUCUCUCUCUCUCUGCUCUCUCUGCUUAAGGCCUUAAGCUGUUGAUUUUUGAGAUGGAGGCCAUUAGAUGAUGUUAAAGCCACUGCUAGCUGUUGCAUGAGGUUCUCUCUCUCUCUUUAAUUUUUCUCAAAAAGCUGUGAGUUGGGUACCCAUUUUGCUGUUCAUUCUUAUUUCUCAUCCUGCGUUUCCAUUAAUCCUAACUGUGCAGAAAUAACGGAAUGGGUUUUAAUGGGUUUAGCUAGCUUUUUAGCUUCUUUUUGUCCUCCUUUACCUGAAAAAAUAUAACUUCUUCAGUUUCCUUCUCUUUAUUAUUAUUAUUAUUAUUAUUUCUUUUUUUUAGAGAAGCCCAAUAAAGCACAAGAUCCCAGCUAUUUUAGCUAGAUUUGCGAUGCUUUUUUAACAGCUUUCCGUAUUAAUUAACUGAGAUUUUAGAAUCCCUAAAAAUAUAUAUAUAUAUAUAUAUAUAUAUAUAUAUAUAUAUAUAUAUAUCAUAUGGAUUUUAGAACGCAAGACAAUGAAAUGAGGACGUCAGGCUCUGCUUUGAGCUAUGGUGGCACUCAUUUAACGAAGGAAUCAUCGGGAGGUGGAGAAAAAAGAAGACUUGGAAAUAUUCACAAUGGCACUCCUACUGCCCUCUCUGCUUUCACUGCUACUCACCAAACCCUAGACCACCAUCACCCUCUUCAACCUCACCAUGUUCAACCAGUGCCACUAACAACCAGAGAUCUAGAUCCAGAUCGAGUCGGCUCCACUGCAGUUGCACCCAGUGGUGGUGUUUUGUCGGGUGGGCCCAAGUCCAAGACACCAUCGUCGACAUCCACAACCAGCAACGUCCGCUACCGAGAAUGUCUCAAGAACCACGCAGCCAACAUCGGCGGUAAUGUGUUCGACGGGUGCGGAGAGUUCAUGCCUUGCGGCGAGGAAGGAACCCUCGAAGCUCUGAAAUGCGCGGCUUGUGAUUGCCACAGGAACUUCCACCGUAAGGAGGUGGACGGCGAGACGACGCCGUUCGGGCCCGGCUCCAGAUCAAGAAGCAUAAUGCUGAGCCCUCUCCAGCUCCCUCCGCCGCUUCCGUCUCCGUCCUCGGCUCUCCACCACCACCGCCACCAGAAAUUCUCGAUUGUUCAACCCAUGAGCGUGGCUUUCGGUGGGGGAGGAGGGGGGACGGAGUCUUCGAGUGAGGAUCUGAACGUUUUCGACAAUGGGGAUGGAGUAGGAGGAGGGGUGGUGCCGCCCUUUAGCUUGUCGAAGAAGCGGUUCAGGACCAAGUUCACGGCGGAGCAGAAGGUGAAGAUGGUGGAGUUUGCGGAGCGAGUCGGGUGGAGAAUUCAGAAGCAGGAUGAGGAGGAUGUGGAGAAGUUUUGUGAUGAGGUGGGAGUGAAGAGGCAGGUGCUGAGGGUAUGGAUGCACAAUAACAAGAACACAGUGAAGAAGAUGCAGCAUGACCAUGACAUCACCACCACCACAAGUCAGCUGGCAUUGGAGAAUGUUGAAGCUCAUGAAGAACCAGGUCAAGAAGGAGGAGGGACAGACACAUAAUCAAGGGGGCUUGAUGAAAGUGAGUUAGCUGAGACUGGUUUGUAUAAAAUGGACUGAUGGAGAGGCCUUAUUGCUAGCUAGCUAGAUUGAUCAGAUGCAUGAUGAUUAUUCUUCUUCUUCUUCUUCAUUGGAACUGGAAACCUUGUUAUUGAUGGCUUUUAGAGCUGGUAGUAGUACUAUUAUUCAGCUGCUUUAAUUAGUUAUUAGUUAGUUAUCUUUUAACAGAAUCCUGUAUUAGGUUAAAUUUUUCAUGCCAUUGAAUGAUGCUGUUCAACGUAUGUGUGGAACCUGCAUUUUCCUUUUC